CCGCGCACGGAUUCAUGAGCCCGUGAGGGUCGUGGAGAGACAGUGUUGGGGCUGGUGCAGAAACGGGGUGACCUUCUUUACGGAGAAACUCGCAAUCGUUUUGGUUAUUGACGCGUUCCUAAUAUUUUGUUGUUGUUUUUUUUUUUUUGCCGUUUCGAGCCUGGAGUCCAACAGCGGGUGUUGUGUGUUUUUUUUUUUUAAAAAAAACUAUAUGAAGUGGUAAUUUUAAGGCUUUAUGAAACUCGUUCAAGAAACACGACCAAACCGUGUAAUGCAUCGCCCCCUCGUGUCCAGUUCCGAGAACGCACGGCAGUGAAUCCUUCCCAGUCCUGCCUGUUACUGGACAGGAGCAGCUACCUUCAGGCCCCUGGAGUCUUCUUCAUUUGAACCGUUGUGCGGACUAGACCCAGUUGGACUCGGCUCUUGAAGACUGACGUUACGUAGUAGACUAAUAAUUAAAGUUAAUAAUAACGGAAAAAAUGAAUGCAGAAAUAUCAGCAAGCUAAAUAACAGGCGGUAUGUCAUUCUUUGUCACACCGAAUUUAACUGGCGCCAUGCAAACAAAAUUAAUUGCUGGUUUUGGACCGCAUAGGGGAGACUAAGCGUUUGCCCUCAAGCAAAUACAUGAACCUCUUUUUCUAGUCCAAAACAGCAGAUUUGGUUAAAAAAAUAAAUAAAUAGCGCCGCACUUUCCACUUCAACUCGUUUUCUUUAUUCAACUUUUUUUUGAACAAUAAAAACUCGAAUUUUGCCGUGACGUAGACAUUUCCGGCGGCUGCGUGUGACGAAUCUGCGAUCCCGGAGCAGGGGGCUGCUGCUGCUGCUGCUGCGUUGCUGCGGCAACCGGGGAGGCGGGGCGCUGCGGCCUGGUCGCGGCUCACAGCCUGUCGGGAGGCCCGGUGGCGCAGGGCUCCGGCUUCUGCUGAAAGAAAAAAACAAACAGUGAUGGAAGAGCCGUGGGACUUCGAGUUCUUGUCGCGGCUCCUGGACGGCCUGAUGUCCUUCGUGUCGGAGUUCGUGAGCGACUGGCUCGCCAACGACGUGAGGGUGGCGAUUUUCAAGAUCCUGCUCGGCUGGUUCGUCUUCAGCCUGGUCGCCAUCCACUUCGCCUGGAAGGUCUACGGCCCCACCGUCAACGACAUGUACUACCGGCAGGGGACUGGAGGCCAGAAUGGGGGGACUCCGGAGGUGGCUCCUCAUCUCAGCGGCUGGGAGGGGGUGGCAAGCGGAGAUGCUUUCAAGACGCACCGGGAGUGAGCAGGUCCCCGCCCACGCCCUGCUUCUGGCCAACAGGAUCGCGGCACCUGGUGCCUUCGACCAAUCAGACGUGCGGGGGGACAGCGGUCCUUGUCCUCUGCCAGCCGCCCCUUUUUUCCAGCGUGCAGCGGGCCUGCUGCCUGUCCGGACUGCCAUGUGCUUGUUGUGUGGGGGGUCCAGGGUUUCAGGCUUUAUUCUCUGUGCAGCAGUGACCUGGUCGGGGUUAAACAGGAGGAUAGCCGGGCUGCGCUCCAGCGUGAUGUAUGCGCACCCCUCUGCAUCAGUGACGAGCCCGUGUCCUUUGACACCCGGACGCCCAGCCCCAUCGUACACGGGAGUAACUCUGGAGUAACAGUCUUGGGGUUGCGUUCUGUUGCUCUGUUACUCUCUUUUCUUUGCCUUUUUUUUUUGUCCGUGGCUCAAAUCUUGUGUGUGUUCUGCUUCAAAGAAAGUUGGGCACCACCGCCAGGCUUGCAAGACCUCCAUUCUCUCCCCCAGUGUCUUAUUUCUUUGUCAUAUUUCUGCCUGAGCUGGUUUUCCACUCUCUACCCUCCCUGCCUGAUCGACAUGAUGUGAUCUGGAUGCUUUUCCAGAAGAAUAAAAACUGGGGCACUAUGCACUAGCUGGGGCAGACGUCCAGUUAACUGCAGACACAUUUGAUAUUUGGUGUUCGACGUGUAGUCGACAUUAAACAUUUUUUGUGUGCACCUGACCUCUUCUGUGGUGUAAUAAAAUACAGAUGGCAGAGAUGCUUAAA